CUAAUUUUUGUAAAAUCCCAAUGCUAGUCUCGACAUGGAUUGUGGGAAUGGCGCUCGUCCUCGCCUCGCUCUACGCCACUCACAGGAUCGGUCUGCCGCACGGCCGCAAUCUCCAGCUCCAGUCCACAAAUCCAGCGCUGAAUCUCACCAUUUUUGCAGCUCCAUCCAGCAUCGAAGCCCCAGUGCAGCGCCUGGCGCUCCAUUCGUGGCUGGAUCUCGUCCCGCCGCCCUGUGUGGUGCUGCUGGGAUCGGAUCCAUCGCUGCAUCGAGUGGUUUCUUCCCUUGAUCAAGAGCAUUGCAUCUCGGUUGAAUCAAACGUGGAUUCUACCUUCCAGGGAGUGCCAUUCUUCCACUCGAUGGUCGCGAGAGCUCGAUCAGCCAGCUCGGGAGUAGUAGUUCUCGUUGAUCCGGACGUUGUUCUUCCUCCCAGCCUCACCAAAGUUCUUAGUCAUGUCAGGAGCCUCCAGCAUCGUCACUGGCUCAUGGUUGCCACGUCCAAGACACUGCCUGGAUCUUCUCUCGCGAUCGACAAGCUUCACCAGGUGGAGGACUAUGUCAGCAAGAAUGGUCGCUGGUCCGAGUGUGGUGGAGUAAAACUCUGGGCUUGGAAUCCAUCCCAGGUACCACUUCACGCUGGUGUUCUUCCACCUUUUCGGUAUGGAGCUGGCUUCCACAACCAGUGGAUGCUAAACGAGGCCAUAGCAUCAGAGCUGCGGGUGGUGAUUGACGUGAGUGAAGCACUUGGAGCGUUCCAGAUACUCUUGAACAACGACACAAUCCAAGCACCACCAUCGAGCACCUGGGAAGUUGAUGCCAAUGCUCGACUAGCGAGAACUUACGGCUCCUACGCUUUCAAGCCACCACAUUUCUCAAACCAGCCGGUAGCCAGGCUCUUCCCUUGUGGAUCGCAGCUGUGCCAUCAAAGCUGUGACGCUGGAGGGAGAAGCCAGGCCUUAAUGACGAGUUUCCGGCGCUAUGUCCACGAAAGUGAGAGUUCCUGCGGGAAACUUUCAGCUCCACAGCUAGAUUGUUCUUCAUCGCAGCACCAGGUUUCUGGAAAUCUCUCUUCGAUCACCAGUGGCUAUUCGUACCAGCUCGAGUCAUUGCUGCUCAAAGUUUCCAGUCCGGACAAGGUAGUGGUGCUCACUGUCGUAAGUCACAGCUACAGGGACAUGCUAAUGAGCUGGGUGUGCCGGCUUCGCCAUCUCAACGUUACGAACUAUCUGGUAGCCACCAUUGACAAGGAAAUGUACCAGUUCGGGAUUCUACAAGGAUUGCCUGUAUUUCGAACGGAGUCUGGGAGAAGUGAUUCCAAGGAUUGCACGUUUGGAAGUAGCUGCUUUAAAACAGUGACCAAGUCCAAGUCUAGAACCGUGCUGCGAAUUCUGGAGCUUGGCUACAGCGUUCUCUUCAGCGACGUGGACGUGUAUUGGUUUAGCAGCCCGAUUCAAGAGCUCAUGGCUUUCGGGCUGGGAGUUCUAGCAGCACAAACGGACGAGUACAAUGAGAAAGAAGCUGUUAAUCUCCCUCGCCGACUGAAUUCCGGCUUCUACUUCGCGUGGUCGGACAACGCCACCAUAGUUUCCUUCCGCAAGAUCGUGAAGCACGCCGCCAAGUCGAAGCUCUCGGAGCAGCCAAGCUUCUACGACGUUUUGUGCGGCGAGGAUGGGAAGCACAGGAAAGGCAAUUCUUCGUGUGUGGAGCCGGAGACCAAUCUCACAGUCGAGUUCCUGGAUCGCUGGCGGUAUCCAAACGGAGCCUACAAGCUCAUCUGGGACAGCAAAGACGUGAGAGGAACUUGCCAGAGACUUGGCUGUGUGAUUCUCCACAACAACUGGAAGACCGGACACCAGCAAAAGAUCGAGAGACAAACGCGAGCAGGCUUGUGGGAGUAUGACCCAGAGACGAGGAUGUGCUCGAGAGCUUGGAAAAAUCACGAAAACUCCAAGCAUUUCUAUUGAAUGGUAGUUUAGUUAAAA